GACUCCUGGAGAGGCACAGACUCUGGGGGUGGACGGACUGAGCACACUCCCAGGAUCUGCUCGCCUGGGGACUCAACACGAUGACUUGGCUCCUCUUCAGAACCACGGGGACUCUCGCCAUUUUCAUGAUUUCCUUCAGAUCACAUGAUCAGUGGAUUAGCAAAUAGUUGUGAAACAUCUACGGAGGAACGGAUAUUGUGGUCCUAUUGGUUCAUGGAGAAAUGAGAAUAGAGACGAAAGGGCAGCCUGGAGAAAAUGGGACCGCGGUGCAAGGCAGAAGGAGACAUAAACGUGAAUGGGUGAAAUUUGCAAGACCCUGCAGAGAAGAGGAAGACAACUCCAAAAGAAACCCCAUUGCCCAAAUUAGUUCAGAUUUCCAUGCAAAACAGAAAAUUACCUACCGCAUUACUGGAAUCGGAAUUGAUCAGCCCCCUUUGGGAAUCUUUGUUGUUGACAGAAAUACUGGAGAUAUUAACAUAACAGCCAUAGUUGAUCGUGAGCAAACCCCAAAUUUCCACAUCACAUGUCAUGCGCUAAAUGCCUUAGGACAAGAGGUAGAGAAACCACUUAUAUUAACGGUCAAAAUUUUAGACAUCAAUGACAACCCUCCAGUGUUUUCACAAAGUGUAUUCAUGGGUGAAAUUGAAGAAAAUAGUCCUGCAAACUCUCUGGUGAUGAUACUGAACGCCACGGACGCAGAUGAGCCAAACCAUCUGAACUCUAAAAUCGCCUUCAAAAUCGUCUCCCAGGAGCCCGCAGGCAUCCCCAUGUUCCUCAUGAGCAGACACAGCGGGGAAGUCCGCACUUUGACCAGUUCUCUUGAUCGAGAGCAAGUGAGCAGCUACCGUCUGAUUGUGAGUGGCGCAGACCGAGAUGGAGAAGGAUUAUCAAGCCAGUGUGAAAGCAGCAUCAAAGUGAAGGAUGUCAAUGACAACUUCCCAAUGUUCAAAGAAUCUCAGUAUUCAGUGCGUAUUGAGGAAAACACUUUGAGUUCUGAGUUACUUCGAUUUCAAGUAAUAGAUUUGGACGAAGAGUUCACAGAUAAUUGGCUGGCAGAGUAUUUCUUUACCUCUGGCAACGAAGGGAAUUGGUUUGAAAUACAAACUGAUGCCAGGACUAACGAAGGCAUCCUGAAGGUGGUUAAGCCUCUAGAUUAUGAACAACUACAAAAUGCACAAUUUAGUAUCGCCGUCAAAAACAAAGCUGAAUUUCACCAAUCUGUAAUCUCUCAAUAUCGAGUCCAGUCAACCCAAGUCAAAGUUCAAGUUAUAAAUGUGCGAGAAGGAAUUGCAUUCCGCCCUGCUUCCAAGACGUUUACUGUCCAGAAAGGCAUAAGUAGGAAAAAGUUGAUCAAUUACAUCCUCGGAACGUAUGCAGCCAUUGAUGAAGACACUGGCAAACCUGCUUCAAAUGUCAGAUAUGCCCUCGGACGGAAUGAUGGUGGUUUUCUAAUUAUUGACUCAAAAACGGCUCAAAUCAAAUUUGCCAGAAACAUGGUUCGGGAUUCUACUUUCAUAUUUAACAGAACAAUCAUAGCAGAGGUUCUAGCCAUCGAUGAAAACACGGGUAAGACAUCUACAGGCACCAUCUAUGUUGAAGUGCCUGGUUUUAAUGAAAAUUGUCCAACAACUGUCCUGGAAAAGGAAAUGAUCUGCAGCUCAUCGCCUUCCGUGGUUGUCUCCGCGAGAGCACAGGACAGUGAUAGAUACACUGGCCCCUACACGUUUUCACUGGAGGAUGAAAGUGUAAAACUGCCAAUUGUGUGGCGGAUCACGACCGUUAACGCCACCUCUGCACUGCUGACCACCCAGCAGCAGCUGCCCCCCGGGAGAUACCCCAUCUCCCUCGUGAUUGCAGACAGACAAGACAGGCAGUGUGACACUCCAGAAGGCCUGGCUGUGGAGGUGUGUCAGUGUGACAACAGGGACACCUGUACAGACCCCCAGCCCGGGCCCAGGUAUGGAGACCAGCCAUCUGGGAGGCUGGGGCCCAACGCCAUCGGCCUGAUCCUGCUUGGCCUUUUGCUGUUGCUGCUGGCCCCCCUUCUGCUGCUGACCUGUGACUGUGGGAAGGGUCCCAUUGGGGGAGCAACCACUGGAUUCAUCCCAGUUCCUGAGGGCUCAGAAGGAACGAUUCACCAAUGGGGGAUCGAAGGGGCCCAACCUGAAGACAAGGGUUUGCAGGAAAUCACAAAUAUUUGUGUGCCACUUAUAACCUCCAAUGGAGCUGAUUUCAUGGAAAAUUCUGAUGUUUGUAUGAAUGCCUGUGCCAGAGGAAUGACGGCGGAAGGAGCUUCGGGCAUGGAACUGACCACCAACCUUGGAGCAGCCGCGGGAUCUGGAGCAGCCGCAGGAUCUGGGGCAGCUGCGGGGUUCGGAGCCACCACUGGACUUGGCUUCUGCUCUGCGGGCCAGUCGGGAACCAUGCGAACAAGGCAUUCCACUGGCGGGACCCACAGAGAAUGUGGUGAAGGAGUAAUAAGCAUGAAUUUCUUGGAGUCCUACUUUUCCCAGAAAGCAUUCGCCUGCGCAGAGGAAGACGAUGGCCAGGAAGCAAAUGACUGCUUGCUGAUCUACGACAACGAAGGCCUGGGGGCCCCCAGCUCCCCCGUGGGCUCCCUGGGCUGCUGCAGCUUCAUUGCCGAUGACCUGGAUGAGAGCUUCUUGGACUCGCUGGGCCCGAAAUUCAAACAACUCGCAGAGAUCAGCCUGGGGCUCGAUGGCAAAGGCCAACAGUCUCAGCUGCCCACCCAGAGCAGCGGUUCCGGGACGGGCGCCUGUGGCCACUCUGUAGAGAUCCAGCACUCGGAGCUGUCUGGGGGCCAGACCACGUCGGGCGGCCAAGGAGCUUGCGCUUGGUCUGCUUCCGGCUCUGUCCUCCAGCCGGCCAUUUGCAUCCCCGACCCCCUGCAGCAGGGUGGCUACUUGGUGACGGAGACUUACUCGGCUUCUGGCUCCCUCGCGCAACCUCCCACCGCGGCCUUGGAUCCACUUCUCAUGCAGAAUGUGGUCAUGACAGAAAGAGUGAUCUGUCCCAUCGCCAGUGGCCACGGCCACCUCCAUGGUGCCGCUGAGCUGCGAGGGUCGUGUAACAUGAUCUACACAGAAGACCCUUGUUCCCGUCUGAUAUGACCAGAGUGACCUGGAGUAGCAUGCUGGCCCCAUAGAGAUAUUUGGACCAAAUUAUCCGUAAUGGCAUUGCAAGUCUCAGAAUUGGUGUAAUUGGGCACCUACUUGCUACGCUCAUAAAGGGAUCUUAAUUAC